GUCAAAGGGGAAAUAAAACGCCACCCUGCUCCUCACACGCUCUCAUUUCUCAGAGUACAACAACUGAUGAGCAUCUAAAAGCAGCUCGAGCUACAAACUGCAAACUAAGCUCCAACUCAGAACAGACGCAGCUCAUCUUUUUGGGUAAAAAAAAAAGUGCCAAAUCUACCGUGCGUAAUUACGCAUAAAACAACAACAACAACACAAUGAGUGCCACAGUCGCCAUGGAAGUGAACGCCGAAGCCAGACGGAUCCUGGCUGUGUCCAUAAGUAAGCUGUACGCGUCCAGGACCCAGAGAGGGGGACUCAGACUCCACCGGAGCCUCCUGCUCUCCCUGGUCAUGAGGUCUGCCCGGGACAUCUACCACUCCUCCCGGGAGAGCGAGGGGCCAACUGCGGAGGAGCCCAUGGAGAGCAGCUCCAACCCGGCGGAGGAACAGCAACAACAACAACAACAACAAGCCGGCCUGCCUGAGCCUCAUCACCCGGCUCUGGUGUCCUCUGAGCCGCUCACAGAGGAGCAGGACAGCCUCGAUGAGGAGUGUGAAACCGCAGAGGACAAAGAGAACCUGAGCCCGACAAGGCAGUCCAGGAAACGCCGGGGCAAGGCGUCGGCUGCGCCUGACUUCCUCCCCAGCAAGAGGGCGAGGCUGGAACCCGGGGAGGAGAGGUAUGCAGCCCCACUGGGCAGCUGUCGGGUCGGGGCAGUGGACUCCCUGAACGCAUUGUCUCUAAAUCGGGCUAUACCUGCCUGCUGAGCAGAUGGAGGGAGAGAAAAUAGCCUCCAAUGAGACUUUGGAGUGGUGUGAUUCUCGACUCCGAGUUAACCUACAAGGGUGGUGUGAUCCCCUUAACGCGCCGAGGAGCUGACCUACAUCGGCCAGUCCCAGGACAAAGGGAUUAACCCGGGCCAUGGGUGCGAGCUCUCCGGGUCGACCUGGGAACCCUGAAAGCCCAGACAAAGACAGAAGAAGGAGAAGCUGAAAACCAGGCCAAGGGCAGCAGAACGUGUCCGGAAAGUUUGAGGAAGAACCAGAAGGGGAACUAACUGUUGCUUUUUUUGUGUUUCCCGGUGAUUCACCUUCAGCUCAAAUGAGUCCAAACAAGUGACUGCUGCUGACUCAAAGUGUGUGUAUGUGUGAAUCAGCAAGAGAGUGAUGUGAGUCAGUAUAGGAGAAGAAGUGAAGUGGCUGACCACAGACACACACACACAUACAGAAACUCACACACACACACACACAAACUAGGACUUCAGGGAAUUUCCUGCCUUUGUGUGCCGGGAUAUGGGACUCAAACACUGAAAGAGGAAGGACAGUUGUGGCUGCCACUGACACACACAGACAUGUACACACAUUCAACUGCUGCUGUGGACUUUGAUCAUCAAUACUACUGCUGGGGGGACGGGGGACGGUCCUGUGUGCUGUGUUCAAAUGGUGCUUUGAGAACCAGGCUGUCCUCGUGGUGUUGGAAGCCGAGUAAUCUGCUUUUUGUCACUUAAAUGUCAUUUUUUAAAUGCUUAACCUGUGAAAGAUGAUAAUACCUCACAUUCAAAAGCUGCUUUUUUACUUGUGUGGUGGAGUAAAGGUGUGAAUAUUUGGAAUAAACACACAGAAAUCCUA